CUUCCAUUCCAAGCUCUCAGAAGUCGCAGUCGCUUCGCUUCUCUCUCGUUCGCUCGGUUCCCCUCGUCUCGCUCUCGCCCGUCGCCCCUCCCGGGACAAGAAAGCAACGGAACAUCGCGGAAAGCGAGAGCCGGCCUGACCUGUCCUCACUCGACCUGCGCUAGCCGACUGUCUGAAGUUUUGCCCCCCCUUUUCUCCUUCCCUUUUGGGCCGUGGGCCGGCCGCGCGCCCCGGCGCAUGGCGUCGUCGCGGGUGAUGGCGUCCUCGUCCCCGCCGCAGCACGCCGGCGCCGGCUCGUCCUCGGACCUAGCGCGAUUCAGGAGCAGCGGCGGCAUCGGAUCCAUGAACAUGGACAACAUUAUGCGUGAAAUCUACGGCCCCGAGGCCGUCAACGCCACCGUCAACGGCCGGGUGGAGCCCUCCCCGGCGGCCCCGGAGGCUGCUGCCCGGCGGACGUCGGAGGAGGUGUGGAAGGAGAUCUCCGCCGCCGGGGGGCUCUCCGCUCCCGUCCUCCCUCCCCCUCCCGCCGCCAGCACCGGCGCCGGGGCCAGAGGCGGCGGCGGCGGCGCCUCGGAGAUGACGCUGGAGGAUUUCCUCGCCAGGGAUUCCUGCGCCAUGGCGGCGGUGAUGGAGGGGGACAUGGCGCUAGGGUUCCCUAACUGUGAAGGAGACGCGGCAGGGAGCGUGGCGGGGGAAGCAGGCGGCGGGAGGGGAAGCAGGAAGCGGGCUCUUCUGGAUCCCGCGGACCGUGCCGUCAUGCAGCGGCAGAAGCGCAUGAUCAAGAACCGAGAGUCCGCAGCGAGGUCUAGGGACAGGAAACAGGCCUAUAUCGCGGAGCUGGAAUCGCAGGUUAUGCAGCUGGAGGAGUAUCAAGCGGAACUGUUAACGGAGCAGGAGGACCGACGCCAAAAGAGACUUAAGGAGCUAGUUGAAAGGGUAGUUCCAGUCAUCAGGAAAAAAUCACCACAAGAUCUUAGAAGAAACAACUCCAUGGAAUGGUAAAAAUGACACUGAGCCCUGAUGUUCUUCUCUUAGAAUUUACAGGGUUUCUUUUUCUUUUAGAUUUCUGUUCUCCUAGUUUUCUUUGGCAGCUAUUUAGAUUAGUGGAAAACAUUUAGGUGAUUGUGCGUGAUAAAAAAGUCACGCCAUUCAGAAUUGAUCUGUUGUCAGCUGAUUGUUUCCUUGUCAAUGUGGCCGAGUGUUGUAUAAACAAGAACAAUAAGGUUUGCUUGAAGGGUGGACCAAAGUAUCCUAAUUACAAAGGCAUCUAUUUGAC